AUGGCCAAUCGCAAAUGCACGUUUAUCGUCGACACAGGAGCCGAAAUUUCGCUUACAUCAUCAUCAUCAUCAUCAUCAUCAUCAUCAUCAUCAUCAUCAUCAUCAUCAACAUCAUCAUCAUCAUCAUCAUCAUCAUCAUCAUCAUCAUCAUCAUCAUCAUCAUCAUCAUCAUCAUCAUCAUCAUCAUCAUCAUCAUCAUCAUCAUCAUCAUCAUCAUCAUCAUCAUCAUCAUCAUCAUCAUCAUCAUCAUCAUCAUCAUCAUCAUCAUCAUCAUCAUCAUCAUCAUCAUCAUCAUCAUCAUCAUCAUCAUCAUCAUCAUCAUCAUCAUCAUCAUCAUCAUCAUCAUCAUCAUCAUCAUCAUCAUCAUCAUCAUCAUCAUCAUCAUCAUCAUCAUCAUCAUCAUCAUCAUCAUCAUCAUCAUCAUCAACAUCAUCAUCAUCAUCAUCAUCAUCAUCAUCAUCAUCAUCAUCAUCAUCAUCAUCAUCAUCAUCAAUCAUCAUCAUCACAUCAUCAUCAUCAUCAUCAUCAUCAUCAUCAUCAUCAUCAUCAUCAUCAUCAUCAUCAUCAUCAUCAUCAUCAUCAUCAUCAUCAUCAUCAUCAUCAUCAUCAUCAUCAUCAUCAUCAUCAUCAUCAUCAUCAUCAUCAUCAUCAUCAUCAAUCAUCUCAUCAUCAUCAUCAUCAUCAUCAUCAUCAUCAUCAUCAUCAUCAUCAUCAUCAUCAUCAUCAUCAUCAUCAUCAUCAUCAUCAUCAUCAUCAUCAUCAUCAUCAUCAUCAUCAUCAUCAUCAUCAUCAUCAUCAUCAUCAUCAUCAUCAUCAUCAUCAUCAUCAUCAUCAUCAUCAUCAUCAUCAUCAUCAUCAUCAUCAUCAUCAUCAUCAUCAUCAUCAUCAUCAUCAUCAUCAUCAUCAUCAUCAUCAUCAUCAUCAUCAUCAUCAUCAUCAUCAUCAUCAUCAUCAUCAUCAUCAUCAUCAUCAUCAUCAUCAUCAUCAUCAUCAUCAUCAUCAUCAUCAUCAUCAUCAUCAUCAUCAUCAUCAUCAUCAUCAUCAUCAUCAUCAUCAUCAUCAUCAUCAUCAUCAUCAUCAUCAUCAUCAUCAUCAUCAUCAUCAUCAUCAUCAUCAUCAUCAUCAUCAUCAUCAUCAUCAUCAUCAUCAUCAUCAUCAAGGGUACACAAGCACUACAACGAACUGCAGAACGACAAGGAGGUGGACGAAACGAAGUACAUUCCCACGCCAUAUGUCCCAUGCCUGAGACAACAUAAAAAUGUGGUGUAUUCGGUACCUUGUGGAACAGGGGAUGGAAAGGUGUACAUCGGACAGACGGGGAGAAAACUGGACACGCGGAUCAACGAGCACAAAAAUGACGUAAAACGGAAAGACAACAGGACUGGAUUAACGCACCACACGCGAUGUGACGGCCAUGUGUUUAAUUUUGACGAGACGAAAAUAAUUGAACGAAUCGCCGACCAGGAGAGCAGAGUAGUCGCGGAGACAUUCCACAUCAAGCUGGCAGGGGAAGCUAAUACAGUGAACCUCCAGCGUGAGUGUGGAUUGUUCAACACGAACUACAAUGCGUUAGUGUUUAAUCUGCGACAAAAAAUGGAACAGAAUCAAUUCCAGAUAAUAUCUGUUGCCGAGUCAGCACUACCGCUGAUGGCUGCUCCAGUGACCGAGGAGCAGAAAAAAUACAAUCCGGUGCUAGAUCCGGAUGCGCCGGAGCUCCCGUUAGAAGUGAUUCUUCAACGGGCGGGAGUCGAACAAUACGCAACGGCAGUGUCGAGUGUUCACGGAAUUGAAACUGCCAGGGAGUACAGCGAGCUGCAAGAGGCAGAUUUGAAGCUGUUCUGCAGUUCGCGCGACGAGGACUGCCGGGAUCGCCACUACGAGGGGUUGGUGUACUCACCAGCGGGCAGGCGACAGGAGGUUCAACAGGAGGACCACGAGGCGGCACAGCACCGGCCGGAGGAAGCGCCGAUAACAGGCGUGGACCACACGCGGACGCUGAACCGCAACAGGAAUGGGCUACCGAAGAUGUUGGUAGUUGCCGAAUAG